GUAUGAUCAUAACUUCAACAUGGCGUGUUUUUUGACAAUUAAUAUAUAUACUCAUUAUUAGACCACAGUCAAUGAAGGGUUAAAGAACCUUCAAUUCAAAAAUGUGUCAAUGGACAAAAGACAAUUUUAUACAGAAUCACUUGAAUUAUUUUUGGAGCUAGACAAUAUAACACAAGAUAAGGAACUGACCGUGUUUGGAGUAGAAGAACAAGCAGCCAUAGACAACAUUGUUUAUAGAUACAGACUUCUUUGCCGUGACUAUUCAGGAAAAGAACAUCUUAUCAAAUUAUGGAGUCUAUGCUCUCUUUUAUAUUUUUCUUCAUCAGAGGAUUACUUGACACAACUGACAGAUUGGGCCGAUACAUACUAUCCGAUAGAACAACGCUCUGAAUGGACCAAUAUAUGUCAUUACCUCAUCCGUGGCGACUAUGAUACCGUAUUUGCUGAACUCCACCACAUGGACACUGACAACAGUGCGCUUAUAAAUGUAAUUCACGCGUUUCUCAGUAUACAAGAAGGAGACAAUCAAGCAUUGAUAGAGUGGCGCGAUCAAUUACCACCUCAGGGCACGAUUUAUUCAGUAGGCGCUGCACGCGUCUUUUCGAUAUUAAGAGGCGAUGAGGCCAGUUAUGACGAUCUAAAUUUUGUAGAAAAGUUGAUGGCAGCCUCUCGGUUCAAACGACCUUGGAUGUCAUUAGGCGAACUGCAGGCUUAUGCACAGACAGUGUUUAACAAGAAUGAUUCUUUUGAUAAAGCGUGUUCGUAUUUGUUGAUGGGAUGCUUGGAUGACGUUCUGGGUGUAACGGAUGAUCUCUGGUUACAGGUCCAUCUGGGGCAUGUGUUUAUUUGUAUAGGAGAGAAGAUGAGUCAGACAUAUCAGCUGCAUGGAAAAGGAGUUAUCAUGGACCCUGUUUAUCUGUGUAUAAACGAAUAUGCAAAGCUGAUUGUGAAGGAAGAGACGAUGUGGAAGGAAGCAGUCAUGUAUUUGGCAAGAUGUAAAGAAAAUAGUCAACACUGGAUCAUACAAUUACUAGGCGAACCAGCUGUGCUAAAAGAGAGUAUUGAGUUUUUAAAGGAAUUACUGCAGAUUGCUAGUGACCAUGGACUAGACCAGGUAGAACGACAUAUACAUUCAUCACUUGGAAAGAGGUAUGAGGUAAAGAACGAUAUACACCAAGCAGCUCUCGAAUUUGCUGCAGCACAAGACCGCGAUGGACUUGAUAAACUCUCUCAUCAACUAUUCAAUGAGUACUUGAGAACAGGAAAACUUGGUGAAGUGGUGACACAUGUGAAGGAAGUAGAGAUCAGUCCACACUAUGCACUGUUAGUUACCUAUCAGCGAUUUAGAACUCACCUUGAACAAAAAGAAUAUAAAGAAGCAUCAGAUCGAUUACUCGAGAUAUUGAAAGAAAAAGAUAUAUUGCCACUUAAAUUUGACAUUGUGCUCAUGAUUGAUAACCUCUCUAUCCUUGAAGAUAAAAGCGUACACUUUGGUUAUGAUCAGUUCAUAGAAUUAAUUCGAUUAUUCAAGUUGAUAGAAAAAGACGACUCAAAACAGAAAUUUAUACACAACUAUUAUAAGCUCUCUAGACACGAAGAUCUGCCAGCACAAUUGAUUGUAGCAAAAUUACGCGAGCGACUGGCAUAUAAAGCAUCUCUAUCACAAUGAAGUAUUCUUUUUUAAUUAAACAGUAAAUGCAGCCAUAAAUGUUGAAGAUGAAGUUUCAAAAGUUUGAUAUCCUUGAUUAUUGUUUGUUGUAGUUGUUGUAGAUGAUGAUGAUUUGAUGCCCAAGAUUUCAUUUAAAUGUGAUUUAUCUCCACUGUUGCUAGUAGCCAUCUUCUUUGCACGUAAAAAUUUGGCACGAGCAGCAUUUCGUAAAACAACAGCUGGUUUACUUUCCUCUUCUGUCUUGGCCUUCUUUGUCUCUACUUUAUCAUCAUCGCUAUCUCUCUUUCUCUUUUUCUCUUCCUUGUCCUUUUUCUCCUUCUUCUCUUUCUUUUCUUUCUUGUCUUUUUUCUCUUUCUUUUCUUUCUUUUCUUUCUUUUCCUUUUUC